AAGGCCUCUCUACUUUCCUUUCCACCUCAUUUUGGAGAAGGCGAGAGGAGUGGCUGGUAAGCGCAUCGAUGGAUCUCUUCGAGGCGCAGAGCAAGGUGACCUCCGGCGAUCAGUCCGAGAUCGAGUCCGUGAAGACUUCGGAGGAGGGAACCCCCAAUUUCUCCCUCAAAGACUCCCCCGUCACCGCCUCUGAGACCGGCAUCAGGAACUUUCCGACGACGAUGCCAAAGCAAAGUCCUCCAGUAGCAUCGCAGCUCAUCAUGUUCUAUGGCGGAUCCAUCAGUGUGUAUGAUGCCGUUUCUCCAGAAAAAGCACAAGCUAUCAUGUUCAUUGCAGCAGCGACGGCAGUGGCCUCGAGAGCUUCUGCCAAUAAAACUGCUUCUGUGGCUGAUGCCACCAAGGCCCCAGCCAUAGUUGGUUCAGAUGCUGCUCCUAAAGCUGCACAGUCACCGGCUGCAUCAGUGCUCACAAGAACUCUGUCAUUUCUCAGCUCUUCAGCUUCGGCGGAAGAACUCCCUAUUGCUAGGAGGCACUCACUUCAACGCUUCUUGGAGAAGCGUCGUAAUAGGGUGGUGAGCAAUGCCCCGUACGCUUCAUCGAAGCCGUUGAACACUGCAGAAAUGGCGUCUGAAGCACAGACUCAGCUCAUAUGACCAACCGACCGACCACUCUCAAAUCCCCGUCUGCAGUCAACUGGGAUCUUAUAUGCUGUAAUCUACUGCUGCUGCUCUUAAUUUGUAGAAUACCCAUGUUGUGUAAUGUUGGGCUGAAGAUUGUUCACAAACUAAGCUAUAUCGACUUGUUCCCUGAACCCUUUUUAUGCUGUAAAAUCAAACAAUAUUUAUGAUAUCAAGGGAUAGACUUCUGUUUUUCCUUAA